UCACAUGGCAUACCCAGGGCAGUCGUCAAGAAUAAGGAUAUUUCUCGGAGACGCCAUUUCCCUGAAGUUUAGCAGAUCUUGAAUCGCAGUCUUGAGCAGGCGACCUGUAGAACAUUGAACAGAUUUAGAUCACCACACUCGUGUGGUCAGGGGAGUUGCUCACCUCCAUCGACAAGCAUCAGGUCGCAUCCGACAUGUGGUUCUUGAGCAUGGAAUUUCGGAAGCGUUAUUCGAGAGUUUCCACAGAUGAGCGAAAAACGCCCGCCGUAACGCCUUGAAAAGAGUUGUGCCACCUUGGCUACGUACUCGUGCUUGCACAGAUCAAAAGAGAUUACCCUGGCUUUCGGGUUACUGUUCAGCCUGACAGAUACCAAAGCCAAAGCGCCAAAGCCUAUCGAUACCCGUCAAAGUGCUUGCACAUGAUGAAGCUGGAAUGGCCGCCGUUGAAGCCUACGUCCGCAAGCGGCUUGCAUCAGUGAAUCAAAUUACGUGUGUACGUACCGGUCUCACAAAUCGUAUUCACAGACGAAAUCGAUGCGAAGUUCAUGUACCUGUGCGCAGCUCAAUCCAAGGCUGGUUUGUUGGCUGUGACCCUCGUGGCUCACAUCUUAACUUGCGGCGCAUGUGUAUAAGUUCCACCUGAAGGCAACAAUUUCACACCUGUUGUGUAGCUGUUGCAACACCCCUCUUACCUUCAAUGGGGCCCGAGUCCGCGAGAAUGCGCUUCAUUUCGCCGUAGACCUUCACCAUAUUUGCAUGCAAGAGGUUUGAUGUGGUAAAGGAUAAACACAAGUGGCACGUUACCUCACGAUCUAACGAGGUUAACAGAGCGUCAACCGGUGGUACGUCGCCCUCGACAAACUUUGCGCAAAGCGGUAGCGGUAGACUUUUGUUCGAAGUCUGCGCCCUUGUUCAGUCGUGCAAAGGGAAAAGGCAUGCAUGGCAGCAGAGCCCUCGGAUCAGAGGGGCGACGAAUACCUGUGUCGUUUCUGGGAAGCGCUGGGGACGUAAGGGAGCUGCUUCCAGAAUAACAGCGCGUCGUGGUUCAACGGUGGACGCAGUCGAAUGGCUCAGAUGAAUGGCAGCGGGAGAAAGAAGUCUUCCAAGGAGGACAGCAACACAAAUCAAGAACACCAU